AAACCUCAGGGAAGAAAGUGCAAUUUCCCCAAUAAACUUUUUGAAAAGAUGAGAGGAGCAGUGGGUUGGGAUCCGAAAAAAAGCUUGUGGUCGAGGCCUCGUUCGUUGCCACAGGUGGCGGCCACUACGACGACAGCGACGAAGAAAUGAGAGGCGGUGGCGCUAGCAGCACCGCCGGCGGUCCUCCGUAGCCAUAGUUUUUCGGAAUAAACAAAACAUCAUAGAGAGAGAGAGAGAGAGAGAGAGAGAGAGAGAGAGCGCGCAUAUGGUCUGCAUUUUCUAGGUUUUCGCCCCUGAUUUUUAUCUGAUCUGGGAAAAAAAGGGGUCCUUUUGUUUCGUCCGAGACAUCGGAAAAAGGUUGCGAAAAAGAAAACAAAAAAAACCAAAAACAAAUUGAACGGGAUUCGUUUAUUCCGAUUAUUAUUCUGAAAAUUGAUUUCUUCGGAGUGCUUCGGCCACCGGAUCCCCCCGCAUUUCGGUCCUAGAGAGAGAAAGAGAGAGUGAGAGAGAGUGGAGAGAGAGAGAGAGUGCUUUUUUGUUUCUGUUCUGUUGUUCGGAGACAUUGCAACGUGCUUGUUUUUGUUUCCACUAUCCCGCAUUGGAUCUGAAAUAGUACUUGAAUCUGAAAUAGUACUCGAAGAUUUCAGGGGGAAAAUUCGUUGAUUUUUUUCCUGGCGAUCUCAUCAGGUAGAGUGUGGAUUUGAUACAAAUUGUGUUUUUCGACAUUUUCAGUAGGAAAACAUCAAGGGGAGAACAAUUUGUUUUAUGAAAAUGGCGUUUAAGGGUGUAUUUUGCAAGUUUAGAGAAAUGAAAGAUGAUUCUAAAAAUAAGUCAAGGAGGCGUGCCGAUAGGAAAUGUAUGCAUGGCCGUGGAAGAUCACAUAUAGCCCCCGAAAGUUCUCCAUCUCUGUCUGCAUCGUUGGUUCAGGAGAGCCGUUGGGCGAAUUUGCCACCUGAGUUGCUUCUUGACAUAAUCCAGCGGCUAGAAGCUAGCCAGACCUUGUGGCCCGCCCGGAGGGAUGUGGUUGCUUGUGGUGCAGUUUGCAGGUUGUGGAGGGAGACCGUGAAAGAGGUCGUGAGAACUCCUGAGCAAUGUGGGUUGCUUACUUUCCCCAUCUCAGUAAAGCAGCCAGGACCAAGAGAUUCUCCAAUCCAAUGCUUUAUAAAAAGGGAAAGGGAAACAUCAAUGUAUCUUUUGUAUCUUGGCUUGACUCCUGCACUGUCCGGGGAUUUCAGCAAACUGUUGCUGGCAGCAAGAAAGAUUAGAAGGACAACAAGCACAAAUUUUGUAAUAUCCUUGGGAGCUGAGGAUUUCUCUAAAACUAGUGAUACAUAUAUUGGGAAAUUGAGGUCAAAUUUACUUGGGACCAAGUUCAGUAUUUAUGACUGCCAGCCUCCAUGUGACCAUGCAAUCCAAUCUAAGGGUCGAUCACUUCGAAAUUGCUAUUCAACACAACAAUUAUCAUCUAGAGUACCAACUGGUAAUCACAAUGUGGCUACAAUAUCUUAUGAGCUCAAUCUUCUUCGUACCAGAGGGCCAAGGAGAAUGUUUUGCGCUAUGCAGUCAAUCCCCAUCACUGCAAUUCAAGAAGGGGGAACUGCUCCAACUCCGUCAACCUUUCGCAGUUGCGUUGAUGAGCGAUGCUCUCUUUUCUCUGCAAAAGGGAAAGAAGUCUUAAAAUUUGGCUCCAGUAGUCCUUCCGAGCCACUUGAAUCAGUCCAUGAUGCAAGAGACCCACUGAUGUUGAAAAACAAAGCUCCUAGAUGGCAUGAACAGUUGCAGUGUUGGUGCCUUAAUUUCAAAGGACGUGUCACAGUGGCUUCUGUGAAGAAUUUUCAGCUGGUGGCAGCUGUUGAACCAUGCCACGAUGUUCCAGCUGCAGAACAAGAGAAAGUAAUAUUGCAGUUUGGAAAGAUAGGGAAAGACAUUUUUACCAUGGAUUACUGCUAUCCUCUCUCCGCCUUCCAAGCUUUUGCAAUCUGUUUAAGCAGCUUUGACACCAAACCGGCAUGCGAAUAAUCAUAGUGCAAAUCCUAUGGUGGCCUUGCUCGUGCUUUGGUUCUGUAGAAGAUGGUUGUAUAUAUUGUCUUCAAAGGAAGUUCCUUGGUGUUGUUUCUUUUCCAUCAGUACCUUUGUUAGUGUUGGCAUUUGUUUAUGUAAUGGCAGUGAGCUGCGUAAUGAGUUUCAAUGUAAAAUCAUGUAAUCUGCCAAAUGGCAGUUUUGCAUCUGUUCUCUGGAGAUAGUAACUGAAACACUUUUUGGAGUUUUUGUAUUUCUAGUUUUGCCGGAAUUCAGAUAA